AGCGAUGAGGAAAUCGAGUACGAGCACGACGACAGUAAGGACGACUCAGGCGAAGAAGACGGAGAAGUGGAAAACGACGCCGUUAACGAGGAGGAAGACGAAAUAUCAAUUUCUCCAGCUAAAAAGAAUAAAAAAUCCAAGCACUCUCCCUGGGAUUUCUCUUCCUACUCCCAGUCAGUUGCCGACGAGCAUGCCCGCCGCUGCACCACUUCCAUUGACUUCAAAAUCUCCCAAGCCCUCCUCCAACAGCGAUCCACCCCUGCCCCCUCCCCGCCUAUCCCCACCUCUGACCACGACCACGACCACGACCACGACCACGACCACGAUCACGACUCCGAUUCCCAACCUGACUGUCAAGAAGACUAUAGGGAGGAAGAUGAUGAUGAUAUGGCUAAUAGUAAUGCUGUCAGUGAUAAAAAACCAUUCUUUGGGUCGGCGGAGGAAGUUUCCUACCACGCAAAUUCAUUUCUGGAGCUGCAUCUUUCGAGGCCCUUACUUCGAGCUUGUGAAGCAUUGGGCUAUACCAAGCCCACACCAAUUCAGGCUGCAUGUAUUCCGUUGGCAUUAGCAGGCCGUGAUAUAUGUGGAAGUGCAAUAACAGGUUCAGGGAAGACGGCUGCCUUUGCCUUGCCAACACUGGAAAGGUUACAUUUCCGUCCAAAGAAUCGCCCUGCCACUAGAGUUCUAAUUCUGACGCCAACAAGGGAGUUAGCUGUGCAGGUCCACAGCAUGAUAGAAAAGCUUGCUCAAUUCAUGACAGAUAUUAGAUGUUGUCUGGUGGUUGGUGGGCUUUCAUUGAAGACGCAAGAGGCAGCUUUGAGGUCCAAGCCGGAUAUAGUUGUUGCUACUCCAGGACGUAUGAUAGAUCAUCUCCGGAAUUCUCUGUCCAUAGAUUUGGAUGAGCUUGCUGUUUUGAUCCUUGAUGAAGCGGAUCGUCUCCUGGAGUUAGGAUUCAGUGCUGAAAUUCGUGAGCUGGUAAGACUGUGUCCUAAACGUAGACAGACCAUGCUAUUUUCAGCUACCAUGACAGAGGAAGUUGAUGAGCUUAUCAAGCUAUCCUUGAACAAACCUCUGCGACUUUCAGCCGAUCCAUCCACAAAAAGGCCAGCAACUUUAACUGAAGAGGUGGUUAGGAUACGCCGGAUGCGUGAAGGGAAUCAGGAGGCAGUACUUCUUGCUCUGUGCUCUAGGACAUUCACAUCUAAAGUCAUUAUUUUCAGUGGGACAAAGCAGGCUGCCCAUCGGUUGAAAAUUUUGUUUGGGUUGGCUGGCUUAAAAGCUGCUGAGCUUCAUGGAAAUCUGACCCAGGCUCAACGCCUAGACGCUUUGGAACUUUUUCGGAAGCAACAAGUGGAUUUUCUGAUUGCAACUGAUGUUGCUGCUCGAGGACUUGACAUUAUUGGAGUCCAAACAGUUGUCAAUUUUGCAUGUCCUCGCGACCUUACAAGUUAUGUUCAUCGAGUCGGUCGUACAGCUAGAGCUGGUAGGGAAGGGUAUGCUGUUACUUUUGUGACUGACAAUGAUCGGUCUCUUCUGAAAGCCAUUGUUAAAAGAGCUGGGUCCAAGUUGAAGAGCCGAAUUGUGGCAGAGCAGUCCACAACUAAGUGGUCUCAAAUGAUUGAGCAAAUGGAAGACCAAGUUGCCGAAAUUCUUCAGGAAGAGAGGGAAGAAAUGGCUUUGAGAAAAGCAGAAAUGGAAGCCGCUAAGGCUGAAAACAUGAUUGCGCAUAAAGAUGAAAUUUACUCACGCCCUAAAAGAACUUGGUUUGCUACUGAAAAGGAGAAAAAGCUUGUUGCAAAGGCGGCCAAGGAAUUGUUGCAAAAUAGGAAGCAUCCUGGAAAUGAGCUAGUUAGUGCUGAACAAGCUGAAGAUCUUAAGAUGAAAGAAAAAAGAAAGCGAGAUAGGGAGAAAAAUCUUCCUAGAAAGAAAAGGAGGAAGUUGGAAGCAGCUAGAGAGAAACUGGAAGAUGACAGUGAAGUUCUCCAGGGCAUUGACAAAAGUAAGAAAGAGAAUGCUGGAAUUUCCCUUGUUGAUUUAGCUUAUCGGCGGGCAAAAGCUGUGAAAGCUGUGAAAAGGGCUACUGACGCUGGAAAAAUUACAAGGAGGGUGGAAAAGAAAUCCAAACAUCCUUCCCAGAAAACCCAAUCUAGAAUGGAAGAGAUGCGGGAGCUUUUUCAGAGUGACAUGAGUGAGAAAAAACAGAAAAGAAACCCUCAAGGAGGUGGGAAGAAGAAAUCCUCAUUCAAAAGCAAGUCAAGGUACAAACGGAGGUAGCAGAACAAGCAGAAGAGAGUUUAGAUUACACUGGAAGUAGAGAUGCGUUUUUGUUUCAGAAUUACAUCUGACCGACCUUGAGCAAAUAUAUAUAUUUUUUUAAGUUUUAGUACGGCUGUAAUAUAGCUGUAAGUGUUUCUUUGUGGACGGUGAUUAAUUAAUUAUUCACUUCUGUACAUUCUUUUUUGCAUAAACAGCGUUUUACGUCUACCUCUAAUUAUUCAGGUAGUGAGUAGCAAACUCAUGAUAUCAUCCUUGGCGACUUUUUGUAAACUCAAGCCACCUGGGAAUCGAAGUAAAAAAAUUUCCUCGUUUAUUAGCUUGGCAAACAAAGUUUUUCUUCUUCUUCA